AUGGCUACCCUGCAAGAGGUUGAGGCUGAGAUCAAGGAGAUCGCUGCCAAGAUAACGGAACUCAAAGCUGCAGGAGGCGCCGACCCUGCUCUGAUCAAGCAGCACGUGGCUGAACUGCUGGCAGCUAAGGCGAAGUUUGCAGAUCUUAACGGGGGAGUGCCGUACGACCCCCCGAAGCCCGCGAAGAAGGUCAAGGGCCCCGCCAAGACCCCUGCCCCAGAGAGAGCUCCCGGAGAGAAGAGCAAGAAGGAACAGCAGCGAGAGCUCAAAAAGGCGCAGAAGGAGGCCGCGAAGGCCGCAAAGAAAGCCGCAGUCGCCGGCGGUGGUGACCCAGGGGCACCCAACGCCGCUGCUCCUGUCUCCACGGCCAGGGGCAUGCCCGAUGGCGCGGCGCCUGCGGCCUCGGCAGCAACUGCAGCAGCGACAACCGCCCAGGCGACGGUCCAGUUUUGCUCGGCGAUGCCACCGACGGUAGCGCACGCGGCAUGCUCGCUCACGGAGACCAAGUUGACGUUUGCCGCCGGCGAGCAAAGCAUGCCUUGCCUUCGACUCCCCGACGGGCGGAGCGUGUCCGGAGAUUUGGCGAUCGCCCGCCACGUCGCGCGUUCGUCCACUUCUCCCGCUGCCGCGGGUCUCCUAGGAGGUGCAGAUCCUGUCGAGGCUUCGGUGGUGGACCAGUGGCUGGACUUGUCGCAAACGCACGACCUGGUGGGGCUCGCGAGCACCCUCGACGCCCAUCUCGCUCCCAGGACAUACUUGGCCGGGCACGAGCUCUCUUUAGCGGACGUGGCGGUGUACGUGAGCCUGUCUGGGUCGAGAUUCAGCCCUCCCGAGGAGCUGCCGCAUCUCAGCCGCUGGUUUGCCCUCGUGGGUGGCGUCAAGGCCGUGUCUUCAGCAAAGGGGGCGAUCAUGGCGCUGUCCAAGUCCGCUGGCGGCAAGGGGAAAUCGACAAGCCGCGGUUUGUCGGGAGGAGGGGGCGGGGGAGGGACGAAGAAGCUUCUGCAGGGUUGUCCUCCUCUGGAGGGCGCCAUCGAUGGGCAGGUAGUGACCCGAUUCCCGCCCGAACCCUCUGGCUACCUUCACAUCGGGCACGUUAAGGCGUGCCUGCUGAACCAGUACUACGCCCAGCACUACGGUGGAAAGAUGAUCGUCCGGUUCGACGACACCAACCCCUCCAAGGAGAAGGAGGAGUACGCCGCCAGCAUCGUGCAGGACCUGGCGACUCUCGGGAUCCGAGCGGACAUGGUGACGUACACCUCAGACCGCUUCGAGGAGUUCAAGGACUACGCUCUGGGCAUGAUCAAGAAGGGGGACGCGUACAUGGACGACACUCCUCAGGAGGUGAUGAAGGACGAAAGAAUGAGCUUCAAGGCGUCGGCUAAGCGCGACACGCAUGUCAAGGAGAACCUGAGGCUGUUCCAGCUCUUGCUCAAGGGAGACAAGGAGGCAGAGCCGUAUUGCCUCAGGGCGAAGGCAGACUACGCGAGCGUCAACGGCACAAUGCGAGACCCCGUCAUGUACCGAAUGAACGCCACCCCCCACCACCGCACGGGUACCAAGCACAAGGCCUACCCCACGUACGACUUCGCCUGCCCAAUCAUCGACUCUAUCGAGGGGGUCACGCACGCCUGCCGCACCACGGAGUACCAAGACCGUGACGAGCAGUACGCCUGGUUCCAGGAGAAGCUAGGCCUCCGCAAGGUGGUGGUCCACUCCUACGCGCGAAUGAACUUCAUGCGCACGGUCCUGAGCAAGCGGCACCUCGGCUGGUUCGUCGAGGAGGGCAGGGUAGAGGGCUGGGAUGACCCGCGUUUCCCCACCGUGCAGGGAGUCAUCCGCAGGGGUGUCAGCCCGGCUGCUCUGAGGGACUUCAUGCUGAUGCAGGGUGCCUCCAAGAAGGUGACCAACAUGGAGUGGGACAAGUUCUGGUCGACCAACAAGAAGAAGUACGAGCAGACGGCGCACCGCUACAUGGGUGUGUUCAAGGACACGUGCGUGGAGCUGGAUAUCGAGAACGCUCCUGCGGGGGACGUGGUUUCCAUCCCGGUUGCCCUCCACCCCAAGCACCCGGAGAUCGGCCAGCGUGCGAUGAGACUAUCGUCCGUGGCCCUGCUGGAAGGUGGAGACGCCGACGCUCUGGCUGAGGGAGAGGAGGUCACCCUCAAGAACUGGGGCAACGUGAAGAUCAAGAAGGUCGACAAGGACGCCACUGGUAAGGCAGUGAAGCUGUCGGGCGAGUUCAUCCCGAACGGAGACUUCAAGUCCACCAAGAAACUCACCUGGCUGGCGAAGGUACCGGACUUGGUGCCAAUGGUGCUGGUGGAAUUCGACUACUUGGUGACCAAGGACAAGAUCGAAGACGGGGAGAACUUCAAGGACUUCCUCAACCCAGUGACUCGCGCGGAGACGGCGGGGCUGGGAGACCCCGGUCUUCGCAACAUGCGCGAGGGAGACGUGGUGCAGCUCGAGAGGCGAGGGUUCUUCCGCGCGGACAAGCCGUACCGGGGAGAGGGCAAGCCUCUGGUGCUCUUCAUGAUCCCCGACGGCAAGACGCAGGCCAUGUCCACCCUCGCGAGCACCCUCAAGCACGUCUGA